AUGGCGGAGUUUGUUGUAUCCGGUGUAGUAGAAAGGCUUGGUAAAUUGCUUUUACAAGAAGCAAACUUCUUGUCCGGAGUGAGUCACCAAGUUGAGAUGCUACAAAAUGAGCUCAAACUAAUGCAAAGCUUUCUAAAAGUUGCAGAUACAAAGCAGGAUGAAUCAGAUCUUGUAAGGCAGUUGGUUACUCAAAUAAGAGAUCUUGCUUAUGAUGCAGAAGAUAUCAUUGCUACAUAUGCUCUCAAAGUUGGAUCUAGAGGCGUUAAGCAGUGCGCUUGCAUCUUGGGUGAAGGAAUUACAGUGCACCAGGUUGGCUCAAAGAUUGAUGUUAUCAAGACAAGAAUUUCUAAUUUGAAACAGAGUUUUCAAGACUAUGGCAUAGAAAAAUCAACAAUUCAAGCAGGCAGGCUGAGUUCUUUGACUGAGACGCAACGAGAGCAAAGACAAACAUUUUCUCAUCCUGAACAUGACGUUGUUGGGUUCAACGAUGGUCUAAAUAAAUUGGUGAAUUUUUUGUUGAAAGAAGAGGGAGGCAAAAGAGUUGCUUCCAUAUGUGGUAUGGGUGGUCUAGGUAAAACCACUCUUGCCAAAAUGGUUUACAACAACCCCAAAGUCAAGCAACACUUUAACUGCUGUUCUUGGGUAUAUAUCUCACAACAAUGUCAAAGAAGACCUGUUUUGGAAGAAAUUCUGAUUAACCUUCUCUCUCAAUCUCAAAAGGAUGAAAUUCAAAAGUCAGAUGAAGUAGAUAUUAUUAAGAAACAAAAGGAUCAAAUUCGAAAGUUAGAUGAAGUAGAUAUUAUUAAUAAACUUUACCAAGUUCAGUUUGAUCAAAAGUGUUUGGUGGUUUUAGAUGAUAUUUGGAAUGAGGAGGCUUGGAACAAACUACGUGAAGCCUUCCCAAAGGAGGCUACGAACAGUAAAAUUUUGCUUACCUCUCGUAAUCAACAAGUGUGUCAGCAUGUAGAUCCCGGAGGUUUCCAUUAUCAAUUGCAGCAUCUAAAUGAUGUUGAGAGUUUGGAAUUGCUUGAGAAGAUAGCAAUAUCUGGAAGAAAAGAUUGUGUGACCAAAACUAAAACUAAUGUGGAGAAGUUUGGAAAGAGAAUGAUUGGAUAUUGUGGGGGUUUACCGUUGGCAAUCAUUGUACUUGGAGGUCUUUUGGCAGCAAAGCAAACACAAGAUGAGUGGGGCGAUGUGCUUGGAUGCCAUUUCCCAGAGGAUUUUGAGAUACCUACAAGAAAAUUGAUUCGAAUGUGGAUGGGAGAAGGUUUUAUAUCACAAAUUCAGCACGAAGGAGAAAGAGAGGAUACAAUGGAUGAUGUGGGAGACCGAUAUUUAAGAGAGUUAGUGCAGAGGUGCAUGGUUUUGGUGGGGAAAAGAGGCUUACAUGGAAGGAUUAAAACUUGUCGAAUGCAUGAUCUUAUGCGGGAUUUUUGCGUAUCAAAAGCCCAAGAGGAAAAUUUUCUCCAUUUCACCAAUAUUCUUUCCAUGAAACAAUGUGAAGUGCAAAUCGGUAAAGUUCGAAGACUUGCUAUCAUUCCGAAAUCUGGUGAUAAUUACAUUGAGGGAGUUAAAUUCAAAGAAUAUCCUUACCUCAGGUCUCUUCUCCACUUUAUGCCUAGUCGAAAUUAUUCUCAAUUUAAAGAGUCUUGUUUCAAGAAAUUCAAGUUGGUUAGAGUCUUAUAUUUGGAGAAUUUUAACAAAGACAACAAAAAAUUACCUAAAGACAUUGGAUGUCUCAUCCACUUGAGAUAUUUAUCUCUCAAAGAUAGCAAUAUAAAUAAGGUGCCAUCAUCUAUUGGCAAUUUGAGGUGCUUGGAGACAAUAGAUUUGCGGAUCCACUCAGACGACUCAUAUGAACCGAUAGUGCCAAAUGUGUUUAAGUAUAUGAAACAAUUGAAGCAUCUUUAUUUACCCUACGUUUAUAGGGUACGUUUUGAGUUGGAACUAAGUAAUCUUAGUUAUUUGCAAUCAUUGGUGAGUGUUGAUCCCAAAACCAUCCAAAUUCCCACAUGGUUCAAACUUAGCCGUCUUCAACUUCUUAAAGUGAGGAUUAAUAAACAGGCCCAAGAUGCAACACAAAUACUACAAAUACUAAUAUCAAGGUGUCCACAUUUAGAAAAGCUAAAUAUAUUUAAACCCAUAAAGAAGCUUCCAGAAGCUCACCAAUUCUCUCCAUAUCUAUUUAAGUUGAUUUUAUGGGGGACUAACCUUGAGGCAGACCCAAUGGCAACGUUAGAGAAGUUGCCCAACUUAAAACUCCUCCGCCUUUUUGGCAGCUUCUUUCAAAUGAAGAAUAUGGCUUGUUCUGAAAGAGGAUUUCUUGUACUUCAAACUCUUGUCAUUGGUUUUUGUGACAACUUAGAGCAGUGGAGGGUGGAGGAAGGAGCCAUGCCAAGUCUCAGCCAUUUGACAAUUGAUAGCUGCCAAAGCUUGAAGACUAUUCCAGAUGAAUUGAGGUUCAUCACAACCCUCAAGGAAUUGGAGAUCAAACACAUGCCAAAGUCAUUCAAAGAUAGGCUUCAUGAAGGAGGACCCGAUUUUUACAAAGUCCAACAUGUGCAGAGAAUGGUAAUCAGGUACAGUAAUGAAUUCUUGCAUAUUUGA